GCUUCCGACACGGCUACGUGCAUUCUGAUUCAAAUGCUGGAUGCGAAAUAUGCUGCCUGACAUGGCUGGGAUAACAAUACCUCCAGCCCUCGCGUCGCAGCUAUUCGCCAUUAAGCAUGGCAUCAUCUUUGCAUUUGCCUACGGCGGGAGCCUCAAGCAUGAGGCAAUGCUAUAAUAGGUUUUCCGUGACACUAAUAUGUUCCCAACAGUUUCUCGCGUGUAAUGUUUGCCAGCAACCGCGUUGAGACUUUCUCAGCGUGGUAAUCGGCAUUCAGUGUCUGCUCUCCAUAGACCUGGAUGUUUUUGCUCUGGCAUAGAUAAAUCCGAACUCGUUGCUGGGCACCCGACUUUGAGAAUGUCGUCUUGACUUCUUGGAGAAGUCGGGAAUCAGCUGUAGGCACAUAAAAAAUGAUUCUGUAGUAUUUUGAUAUCCAGCCAGGCCGAUAAAAUCGACCAGUAGUUUUUGAUGACAGCAACAGCUCCAAUAGCUGUGAGCCUCGAUGAGUCGGCAGUUGACACAUUGGUUAGGAUCAUGAGAGCUACCUUGCAUCAUGAAUGUGACUUACGUCGCGUGGGAUUGACGGCGAUAGCUGCUGGUCUCUAUACCCUGUCUCGUGUCUUUCUGGUCGCUCGAGUGAAUUUGCAUCUCACCAUCACUCUCACUCAUUCGUACAUUGAAACCGAUCAUCAACGAUCGGCGGGGUGUUCCGAACCGGGCGAACGGCGUCGCCGAUUGGUAACUAAGAAUUUGGGUGUGAAUAGCUCCCGAGAUAGUUAACAUGGAAGUUGAUUAAUUGAUUACUUGCUUGCUC